AUGGCGUCUAGCACCCUGGUUGAGACGGAGCGCAUCAUACGCGAGAAGCUCGAGGCAUCCGGGCAGUACGGAAAGAUGCGGGCCAUGAUCAUGGAGGCAGCACUGCAAACUGUCAGCACCGGCGGCAACAACAACUCAGGUGCCCAUCAGCCUUUGGUGUUUCACCCCACUGUUGCACUCAGGGAUGCCAAGCAGAAUGGUGUCACAGAGCUGAGCAUUGUGCAAGAGUACCUGCAGUACCUCGGCCUGCAGUACACGGCACGAGUGCUGCAGCUAGAGGCUGGGCUGCAAGAAGUGGCUUUGCGCACCAGUGCAGAGCUGCAGGAACAGCUGCACAUCGCAGUCGACAAUCGACCCGAUCCUUGCCUGUCGGCGCUUGUGCAUGGCAGGGUAACUGGGGUGGUGCCGUCCACCGCUGCGACUGGGACACCGGCUGCUGCUGCUGAGGAAGAGGACACUAACACCGAGGACAUCGAUGAUACUGCCUCCGACCACAAUCAGCCUGGUGGCGAGAACACGACGUACUUCAUCUCCAAGUGGAAGAAGCGUCAUUUCAUGCGUCACAAUCAAGUCUCCGGGCAGCAGGUGCAGAUCGAGUAUCUGACAGACUGCCACACGGCGGUGCUAGAUGAGCUAGACAGCAUGACCGUCGAUGACUGUGAGGGUGGCGAGCUGGUGAUUGCCGCGUGCGAAGGGAGCGUGUUCCUACGUAAUUGCAAGAACAUGACGAUCCACGUGGCGUGCAAGCAGCUCCGCACGCGCGAUUGCGAACACAUCAAGUUGUACAUCUUCACCUCGACCGACCCUGUCGUGGAGAUGAGCCACCACAUCUCCUUCUAUCCAUUUCACUUGCGCCUACCAGGGCUUCGGCGGCUGUUUGCGGAGGCUCGGUUGGACCCCAAGGCGAACAGAUUUGUCCACGUGUACGACUUCACACCGACGGAGCCGCAGCUGCCGAAGCCGCACUUUGACGUACACUUCCCUGAUCACCACCUCUCGAUGGAGGAUCGCUACGCCAGCUACGGUGCUCUGGAUUGCCCGCCUGAGAUCGAGGAGCUGCUGGCCCUGCGUCUAAUGCCGGCCGCGAGCUCCGAGUCGGGGAAGAACAAGAGCUAUGAUAUUCGGACGGGGGCACAGAUGUGGGCGCAGGCAGGCCCAACGCCGGCUCCGGCGGUGGCGGCGGCGGUGGUGGCAGUAGGAACUGCCGCUACUACGUCCGCCAACGCCCACGCGGAGAGUGGUGACGAUGACGACGAAGAGGAAAUUGCGUCUGACAGCGAUCACUCUGGCUCUUCGCCGCAAUCGACGUCAGCUUCGACGGCGUCGUCCUCCGAGGCUGAGGAGUAUGCCCCGGCAGAGAGGCAGAUAGCAGGGCAAUCAGCAAUGCAGCGCAUCGGCGGGCUGUCCGCGGCGGCCCCGCUGGGCCCCAUUCCGGCUGUUGGUUCAGCAGCCCACGCUGUCACUUCAGGUGGCAUAGACAAUGAAGAGUACUCCUCCUUUGACGACGAUGACAACAGCAACGACGCAGAUGACAAGUACAACGUAGAUGAAGACGAAGAUGACUUUUAG